AUGGAGGGCGCGGGCACCAUGCUCUGGGGCUUUGGCGCCGUCGGCGCGGCGACGGUGGUUGGCGUCCUGGCGCGCACCACGGCGACCUCCAGCCUCAAGACGCAGCUCUCGGCCGAGCGCCGCCGCAGCGCCGCGGCCCUGGAGGAGGCGGCCGCCGACCUGUCCGCGCUGCAGCGGCAGGUUGCGGCGCAGCGCGGCGAGGCACGCCGCCAGCGGGCGGCGGUCGAGCAGCAGCUGCAGCAGGCGCGCGCGCGGGUGCUGGUGCUGGAGUCGAUGCUGUCGGAGCGCAGCCAGAAGCAUGCGGUGGCGCUCGAGCACGCGGCCACCGGCUCUGCCGACGCCCACCGCCAGCUCAGGGAGGCGCGCGCCGACGCGCGGCGGCAGCAGGCAGCGCUGGAGCGCCAGCUGCGGGAGGCGCGCGGCGCCACGGAGAAGCUGGAGUUGCAGCUGUCCCAGGAGCGGCAGCGGCACAGGAUCGCGCUGGCUAAUUUGAUGGCUGAGCUCGAGGCCGUGAAAGGGCAAAAAGCGCAGGGACGGCAGACGCAGCCGGAUGCUCAGGGGCGGCAGCGAGGGGACAGCAGGCAGGGCCAGGUGCGGCCCGCGUUGCCGCAGGCACAGGAGCAGCCGUGGACCGACGACAGGGAGGCCGAUGAGAGCGCCCCGCAUGUGGCAAGCCUGCAGGAGCAGCUGGCGCGGGAGCGGGUCGAGCACGCAGGGGCGCUGCAAGCUGCAGAGGCCGGCCUUGCGGCCGCCCGGCAGCAGCUGGAGCAGCAGCGGAGAGAGGGCGAGCAAGCCCUGCAGGAGCGGCUGUCACAAGAACGGGUCGAGCACGCGGCAGCGCUGCAAGCUGCAGAGGCCAGCCUGGCAGCCGCCCGGCAGCAGCUGGAGCAGCAGCGGAGAGAGGGCGAGCAAGCCCUGCAGGAGCGGCUGUCACAAGAACGGGUCGAGCACGCGGCGGCGUUGCAAGCUGCAGAGGCCAGCCUGGCAGCCGCCCGGCAGCAGCUGGAGCAGCAGCGGAGAGAGGGCGAGCAAGCCCUGCAGGAGCGGCUGUCACAAGAGCGGGUCGAGCACGCGGCGGCGCUGCAAGCUGCAGAGGCCGGCCUGGCAGCCGCCCGGCAGCAGCUGGAGCAGCAACGGAGAGAGGGCGAGCAAGCCCUGCAGGAGCGGCUGUCACAAGAGCGGGUCGAGCACGCGGCAGCGCUGCAAGCUGCGGAGGCCGGCCCCGGGGCCGUGAGGCAGCAGUUUGAAGCACAGUUAAGAGAGGGCGAGCAGCGCCUGGCCGGCCUGCAGGAGCGGCUGUCCCGCGAGCGGGACGAGCACGCGGCGGCGCUGCAGCGGGCCGAGGCUGACCUGGCGGAAGCAAGGCGGCAGCUGCAAGAGCAGCGGGACGAGGGCCAGCGGCGCGGCGCGGCGGCGGAGAGGGACCUUCAGGAGCAGCGGGCCUCCCUGGAGGGGCUCUCCGCCCAGCUGCACCGCGAGCGCGAGCAGCGCGCCGCCGAGGCGGCGCAGGCGGCGGCGGACGCCGCGGCGGCGCAGCGGCUGCUGGAGCAGCGUGAGGCGGACAGCCUGCGGCACCAUGCGGAGAGCCAGCUGCUGCGCGCUGACAGUAAGGAGAUGCGGGCCGCAACGGACGAGCGGCUGCGGCAGCAGGAAGAGGCGCUCGCGGCGCUGGAGGCGAGGCUCUCUGAGGAGCGCGACGGCCACGCCGCGGCGCUCGAGGCGCGGGCCAAGCUGGCAGAGGCUCUGACUGGCACGUUGGAGGACCUGGCGGCGGCGCAGCGGCGGCUGCAGCAGCACCAAGCGGACGACGAGCGGCAGCGGGCGGACGCCGAGCAGCGGCUGCGCGAGCAGCGGGCGGCGGCCGAGUCGCUCGAGGCGCAGCUCGCGGCCGCGACGGCCGACCUGCAGCGGGAGCGCGAGAAGGGUGCGGCGGGCGCGCAGGCCGCCGCGAAGCUGAGGCGGCAGCUCGAGGAGGCGGACGAGCAGCUGCGUGCCAACACGGAGCGAGCCGCCGGCCUGGAGGGGCGCCUGCAGGAGGCGGCUGGGCGCGCGCGCGCCGCGCUUAGCCGGGUGCAGGAGCUUGAGGCGGAGGUGCGGCGGCUGAGAGCCAUGCUGGAGUCCACUGAAACGCGGGCGCCCGCAACAGUGUUGCACAAGGCGCAGCAGGUGCAAGAGCCAGAGCCGGUGGUGCAGCUGCUGCCUCAAGGGGAGCAGCAGUUGGAGGGUCAGGAGCCACAACAUCUUCGGGAGCAGCCACUACCAGAUCAGCAGAAACAGCAAUUCCAUCAACACGUAGAGCAAGCCAAGCAGCCGCAGCAGCAGGAGCAGCAGCAGGAGCAGCAGGAGCAGCAGCAGCAGCAGCAGGAGGAGCAGCAGCAGCAGCAGGAGGAGGAGGAGCAACAGCAGCAACAGCUGCAGCAGCACCCGGAUCAUCAUCAUCAUCAGCAGCAGCAAAAGCAGCAGCAGCCAAAGCAGCAGCUGCAGGCGCAGCUGCAGGAGCAGCAGCAGCAGCAGGCAUCAGACGAGAGCACACCAAGGGAGUGGCGAAGGAGCGAGGAGCAGCAGGAGCAGCAGCAGUGCGUGCCGGCGACCCCAGAAAUAAGGCCGGAGCGCGAGGCCAGCGCAGUCAGCAGCAAAACCAUCAGAAAAGUGAUUGACAGCGGGUCCAGCGAAAACAGCAGCAGCGACCCGAGCAACCCCGGUGAACCCCCAGCUGCUGGACCCGGCAAUGGCGCCACGGGCGGCGUGGAGCCCGGCCCGCUGGGCACAGGCAGCAGGGAUGAUGAGGCCGGCCUCACGCACCCAGAGGACGAGCAGCCCAGCGCGGACGGUAGCACGGACGCCGCAUCUUCCCCGCAGCUCGUCAAGCCCAAACGCAAGGGCAGCUUGGGGGCCCUUUCGCGUGCAGUGCGGCGGCAGCUGGACGGGGCGGCGCCCGGCGACGGCCCGUCCGGGUGGCGCAGCGCCUUGUCCAGCGACUUGGACGAGGUGGAGGCGUCCGGCGGCAGCGGCAGCCGCCGCGUCAGCGGCGUCGCGGGCGGCGCCGGCAGCGCCGAGGGCGGCGCGGCCGGGGCGCCGCCAGCGCGGCGGGCGGUGCCGGUCCUUGACAUCUGGGCGAGCAGCGCCGAGCGCGUGCCGACAGCCAGCCCCGAGCGGACCGGCAGCCGCGGCGGCGCCGACGCGGCGGCGCUGGUGGAGCCAGGGCUGGUGGCGGAGCGGCUGCAGUUUCUCAGCUCGUCCGCCGGCGGCGCCGCGCCCAGCAGCGGCGCCGCCGCCGCCGCCGGACCCCGCUCGUCCAGCCGCCUGCGGGGGCACGCCCCGUUGGCGGCCGCGACGACGCCGCUGUCCCCGCGCGCCUCGGACGCCGCGCCCGGGGACGCCGCGUUUGACGUCGCCGCCGACACCAGCGCCGACGCCGCCUCGGCCGCUGCCUCGGCGGCGUCCGCCGCGCAGGCCGCGGCCGCCGCGCAGGCGGCGGCGGCCGCGUUCGGGCGCGAGGCCGCGGCGCUGCGGCAGCAGCUGCAAGCGGCGCGGGACCAGGACGGGAUUCUGCGGCGGCAGCUGCACCACUCCCAGGAGCAGGCGGCCGAGCUGCGGCAGCGGAACGACGCGCUGGGGCAGCAGCUCAGCGUCGCGAACGAGCUGCUGGCCAGAAUGAACCACCUGACGCACGCGCUGCAGUCCCUCAGGCGGCGCAGCGGUGGGCCCGAUUUUGUGGGCAGGGAUGGUAAUGAGUGA